AUGCCUGCUUGUGGGCGUUGUGGCGAAGGGACCCGGCGCGGCAGAGGGCGAGGGUGGUGCAGCAACGAAGCUUGCAGAGAGGCAGAGAAGAAGGAGAAUGAGGAGAAGCAGCAAGCUGCGAAGCACCAGCAGCAAAUUGAACGCAGAGGGCAAGGUGCUGGCCGUCGCGGCCCUCGUCCAAGCGAAGAUGUCCUUGUGGAGCAGGAGGCCAAGCGCUUGCGAAAAGAGGAGCGCGAAGAGAAGGAAGCUGCCAGGCAAGCGCGGAAGGAGGAGCGCGAAGAGAAGGAAGCUGUCAGGCAAGCACGGAAAGAAGAGCGCAAAGAGAAGGACGCUGGUGAGCGGGGACCCUGCCCUGGAGAAGGGACGGCCGGCACCGGUCGGCCCAUGGACACUGAGGAGGUGCGGGCGGAGAGAGAGGAGAUACGACUUGGCCUUGCUUUCUUCGGUGAGAACGACUUUGAGGAUGUGAAGGCAUCCUAUGAGGAGUUCCUUGGCAAGUGGGGCCGCUUUGGCUUGUCGAAGGCUUGUGAAGAAUACGGCACGCUGACGCCCGGGAAGCAUUGCUGCCGCUCCAAGACCACGCAGAAGAUAGCUUGCAAGAACUGCCGGGAGAAGAGGACCAAGUACGCACUGCCACCGCUGCCACCCGUUCCAGCACCGCUAGUCGCCCUCAGUUCUUUGGAGAAGCGGCUGCUCGCGAUGGCGAAGGUGGAUCAGGUGCUGAUUGACAAGCUGCCCGCCGGCGGCCCAAGCGCACAAUGGGGGAGGAUGUAUGUGACUCCUAUGGACGAGCCUUGUCUGUGCAACGUGUUGGAUGGCGCGGAGCUUGGGGAGGACGGCCAGGUCUAUGUCAAUGGGGUGCAGGGCAUGCUGUCUUCAACGGCUCGGCUCCAACCUCUCCAGGUUGCCCUACAAACUUUGCAGGCAGAGCACACGGCAUACAAAGACAGCCCUGCGGUGGAGAAGACCCUCGCCGACAUGACCCACAUCCUGGAAUACAUGCCUACUGCCCAGCCGCUUCCGGACCACGACGAGCCAGCAUUGAACGGAGAAGAGAACCUGGAGGUUACCUACCUGUUGCCCCGCGACCCUGCCAUCCCCAAAGCCGAUCGAAGAGACUUGCAAGAGCUUCGGCGCAAGGCCGGACACACUGAGGUGAACAUCGAUACAAAGCUCUUUCCGCAUUUGUUUCCUGAUGGCCAAGGAGGGUAUGACCCGGACGCCUACCCGAAGUUCGUCGAAUAUGCCCGGAAGCGCUUGCUUGGGCAAGAUGGGCGCUUCGAGAAUGAUGCCGCCUAUAUCAUGUGGCUACUGGAGGAGCAGAUGAAGAAACACCUGUCCGGCAACAUCAACGUCCGCAUGAAAGGCCAGCUUGCACCCAAGCUUGGGGACCGAUAUGCCGACUUCAACCACCAGAUCUUGACGGCUUUGCGGGACUUGCCCGGCACCCAGCCCUACCUCUUCUCCAAGCGGGGCGUGGCCCUCGGCAUGUACGAGCAGCUGGGCAAGCCACAAUUCUUCCUGACCCUGACCUGCCACGCCAAGCAGCCCAACAUCUUGGCGGCCGUCAUCACCGCCAAGCUCAUCCGCAUGCAUGGCUGUGCACCGUGUGAUGAGGUUGCAGAGGUCCUCCACCAGUACCAGAGAGACGAGAACUACAAGUGGCAUGGCAUGACGGCCACCCAGCUCUGCAAUUCCAUGCCUGCAAUCGUGGCCCGGCAGUUCACGCAUGGUCUGCGCCAACUUCUGCACUGGCUUGGUGCCGAGGAUUUCGCGGCCGAAGGAGCCGAUGAGCAGGACCGCCCAGGUGAAGAGGGCGGGAACAGCAAGCGCAGAGGGGAGGAUGAGGAGUACGAGGCGGCCCCUGCCAUGGGCGAAGACGGCCGGUUUCAUAAAGUCAAGCAGGACAGGCGGCCCUUCAAGGUCUUGGAUUACAUCGUCCGGAUCGAGUGGCAGAAGCGGGGCUAUCCCCACGCCCACAUCCUCUUGUGGGCAGAUGUGCCUGAUGUCAGUGGAAAGAAGCGGCCUGAACGUACAGCCGCAGAGGAGGAGGAAGAGGAAAUGGCCGACUGGUCCGACGAGGACGUGUGUGCCAACAUCGUGCCCGCCAGCGCCGAGGACCUCAGCGACAAGUACAUCAGCACCAAGUCGGCCAACCGCUGGAUGAAAGACGAGCGUGUGGAGCCGGAGACCCGCGGAGUCAUGGCCAAGCUGGCAACCAUGGUGGAGCACUCCUGCGGCCCCUACUGCGGCAAGUUCCCCCUGGGCGCCUGUCGCUUUGGUUUUCCGAGGGCGGCAGAGAAGCAAACUCGCUGGCGUACCCCGCAGGAACAGUUCGCGAGCCGCUGGAAAUCGAGCCUGGCAGCCAGGAGGCACGAAGAUGAUGGCUUCGUGGGCCAGUACAACAAAGCCAUCCUCCGACAGUGGCGGGCGAGCAUGGACCUGCAAGUUGUUUGCGAGCUCAACUGCGCCAGCAAGUACAUCUUGGGCUACUGCUUCAAGUCCGAGGAGGACCUGGCCGCCAAGAAGCCCGUGGAUGAUAUCUUGCAGACCUACCUACAGGAUACUGGGCGCAUGGACCUGAGCAACAACGAGGUGUACAAGGCCGCGCACGCUGCAACGCAGGGCCGCACGACGUCCACCUUCGAAGGGGUGCGCUACAUCCUGGGCUACUCGCCGGUCUUCUUCUCCAGAGACAAUGUCUGGCUUCAGGUGGGGCCGCCCAGCACAUGGACAUUGUCGGUGCCGCAGGUAGAUGAAGAACAAGCCCUACGGGACCCGGCCGCCUACAAAGACAAGCAGCAAGAGGCAGGUCAGCACGUCCCAUCGGCGCAUCGGUGGUAUCAGCAGCUGCAGCAGCAUUUCCCGGAUGUGGAGAUCACGGUGCCUGUGGAGGGGCGCGCGCCCGUAUCAAGACCCUGGCGCGAGAUCACCUUCUUCGACUUUGCUGCGGGCUUCCGCUUUGGUGGACGCGUCUUUAAUCCUGACAAGGUCGAAGCCAGGAAGCGGCCUGCGAUUGUUGGACAUCGCAACUACAGCCCGGACCUGCAGCCAGAAGAGUUCUACUAUUCGAAGCUGCUCCUCUACCUGCGUUGGGUUGAGCCGGGGGAUUGGCUCACAGAAGCAGACUGUCGCAGCCACGCCGCGGCCUUUCAUCGCAUCGCCAUGGACUGCGACCAGCACCCCACCUUCCUGCAAUCUGUGUGCUUUCCGAAAUUGGAUGGAACGGUUCAAGCAGCAAGGGAACUACAGGCAGUGCAGGCUGUGAUGUUCCUCAAGGCAAAGUUGGAUGAUGCCACCUGGACACGCACCCGCGCAGAAGAGGACAACUACCAGGACUCCAUACGAAUCAUGCAGGCGCUGAAGGAGCGCCAUGGCGAGGACAUCGACUUCAUGGCCCCAGACAACGUGCCGACUGGUCCUGCCACUGAUAUCUUCGCUCCGGUGGAAGGUGGUGAGGAAGCCUUCAACAUGCUGACCGUCGAGGACCCGAGCCCGGACGUCUUGAAACAGAGGCAUUGCAUGGAAUACAUCCUGCGCUCCGUGCUCGAGGGGCCAAAUUCCAAGGAUAGAGGCAACAUUCAAGAACGCCUCAACUUGCUGGUUCACGGACCGGGCGGCUGCGGGAAGUCAGUCGUGAUCAGAGCCGCCGCCCACAUGUUGCGCCAGAGCGGGCGAGGUGUGUUGCUCACAGCGCCAACUGGGGUUGCAGCGUUCAACAUCAACGGCACCACCUUGCAUUUCAGCCUGCAGAUCCCUGUUCAGAACCAGAGCUAUGGAAAGGUUGGAGACGUACCCUUGCCACGGGGUGAGAGACUGGCUAUGCUGCAGAGCCAUUUGAAGCACGUGGAUAUUUUGAUGGUUGACGAGAUGAGCUUCGUCUCAUCGGAUCUGUUGGAACGCAUGGACCAGCACCUGCGCCUGGCUCGGGACAUGCCGCACCACCCCUUUGGCGGUUUGCACGUGAUCUUCAUCGGCGACCUCUACCAGCUACCGCCGCCUGGAGGCCGGCCGAUCUUCGCCAGCAAGCUGUGGGAGCGGUUCGAGCUCUGCGAGCUGGAGGGCAAUCAGCGGGCAGGACAGGAUCCAGCUUGGGCAGCAUUAUUGGCACGGGUUCGUUUGGGUCGGUGGACAGAUGAGGAUCUUCGGGUCCUGGAAAGCUGGGACACUGUGAAGCACCGCAGCCUUCAACCAGCACCUGGCGCAGUGCACCUCUACGCGACCCGGGCAGCCGUGGCAACCCGCAAUCAUUAUUACAUCCAAGACCACGUGGAGAGCACCAACGCCGACCUCCAUGAAUGCCCUGCCGUCGACACCUCCGUUGGCUCCGGCGCCCCCUUGCCCCCAGAGAAGGCAUGGCCGGAUCCAGAGGACACCGGGGGAAUGGAGUUGUUGCGGCGGCUUGCUGAGGCUGCCAAGGUCAUGCUGCGAAUGAACCUCGAUGUCCAAGAUGGCUUAGUCAACGGCGCCUGCGGCAUAGUUGAGCACAUUGACACCUACAACACCAGGGAGGUCGAGAAGGUAUGGGUCAAGUUCGAGAAGGGCGCAGGUAGUAGGUGGCAGGCGGCCAAUGAGACCCAAUGCGUCGCCAUCCGUCGGUGCAGUGCUUCCUUCGAUGACAAGGACGGGAACAAGGCGGAGCGGAGGCAAAUCCCUUUGGUCCUGGCAAAGGCGACCACCAUCCACAAGAGCCAGGCGGCCACUUACCGUGCAGGAGUGCAUGCGCGCUUGGACAAGCACGUCAAACAAGAUGGACAGGCCUACGUGGCAUUGAGCCGGUCGCCCACAGAGGCGCUGUGUACAUUAGAGCGCUUCGACCCAGCCAGCCUGCACUUCAAUGUCAAUGCACAGCGGGCCCUGGCCGUGCUGCUGGAACAGCAAGCCCGAAGAGGCGGGCCGAGGAAAGCCAGCCUGCAGCAACUCUGGGAAGAAGCCCUGCGACCAGCAGAGAGCCACGGCUACUACCAACAGUUAUUAGAUUCCUUGCCCCGCCCAAACUGGAAAGAGUAUGAUGAGGAGCAGCGCGCCAAAGCCGGGCCAGCAGAGAAUGGUGGCACGCUGACAUGCCCACGGUGCGGGUGGACCGCCGAUGAUGACGGCGGCUACAAGAAGCACAAGGCAACGUGCCCAGCCAAGAAGCCAGAGGCGAAGGCCAAAGGCAAGGCCAAAGCAAAGGCCGAGCCCAAACCCAAGGCCAAGCCCAAGGCCAAAGGCGGCAAAGGCGCCGCAACUGAAGAAGAACCAGGCGAAGCUCCAACACCAGCAACCAAAACCCGGAGACAAGGUAUGGAUCCACCACCGCCGCCAAGCCCCCCACCUCUACCACCACCGGCAGACCCACCACCAGACGACCUGCCGCUGCCGGCCCAGUGCUUCUUCUUUCAACGGCAGCAGGCCGCGCACUGCGGCAUGCAUGCCCUCAACAACUCCUUGGGCGGAGCCCUGUUCACACCAGCGGCCAUGAAGACAGCUGCCCAAAGCUACCUCCAAGAGAUGCAGGGUAUCGACGGCGCUGCACGUGAGCACAUCCGGCCAGGGGGCUGGUAUUCCGUGCAAGUCCUCUAUAUAGCCUUGUUCAACCGCGGCUACACGCUGAAUUUCGAUCAGCCCGUUCAAUCGCUACAAGAAGCGCACUUGGCCCCUGCCCUGGUGCAGAAUUGGAACAGCCAGCACUGGGUCGCCUACCGCUGGGGGCAGGAUGGCGCCAUCUAUUUGCUGGACUCCAUGAGCGACGGGCCGCAGAGAAUGCUUGAAGAGGAGUUCAGCGCGAGCUUGACGAUGCAUUGGACCUAUGCCGUCGAGCCGACCGCCAACCCAUAA